AUGUCUAAAACAUUCACCCCUGCCGAAGUGGCCUCCCACAAGACCGCCGAUGCGGGCCUUUACAUCAUCAUCGAUAGCAACGUCUACGAUGUAACCAACUUUGUCGACGAGCACCCCGGCGGCGCAAAGAUUCUCAAGCGUGUAGCGGGCAAAGAUGCCUCGAAGCAGUUCUGGAAGUACCACAACGAAGGCGUGCUGAAGAAAUACUCACCCAAGCUGAAGAUCGGCGAAGUCAAGGAUGCCGCGAAGCUGUGA